AUGAUGGCCUUGGAAGUAAUUGGAGGUGGGGAUUACAAGUUAAGGUUGCCCACUGGGACGAAGCGAGCAUGGAGGCUUCCACUAAGCCGGGCUUCCUCUUUCAACCUCCAUAUUCGCCAACAAGCCGUUAUAACCAUGUCCACCGCGAUACCUUCGAUCGCCUGCCUAGGCGUUAUCGGUCGAAACAACAACCCACUCCAUAUCUCAAUCUUCCCCUCGCUCGAUCCAGGGACAAACACAUUCGCCCCAAUCCGUACGCCUCUCCAGUUUUCGCUCCUCUUGUCUUCUACCAUCGAUGUCUUCGACCUCCGCGCAAAGAACAACGCUGUUUCGGGCGUAGGCCUCUCGGGUGACUUUGGCCUGCUGCACGCCGUCGACGACCGCCUCGCUGCCUACGGAUUCGAGACCAACACAGGCGUUCGCAUGGUUUGUGUCGUCGACAUGCGCGGUCGCCGUGUAGAUGGCAACGCUCCUGUAGCUGCGAGUAGGGGCGCUGCUGCGGGUCUGCGCGAUGCUGAGUUGAAGCCCGUCUUCCGCGCCAUGCAGCAUGCGUACGUCAAGUUACUGCAGAACCCAUUUUAUGACCCAGAUGAGCAUGCGCCAUUGGGUGGAAGAGGGGGUAAAAAGAUUACGAGUCGCAAGUUUACCGAGGAUAUGAAGAGAAUAGGGGAAGGCUGGACGCCAGGCGUGACAAGCCUCUGA